UAUCUUCUGUAGUGGUGUUUCUUCUCUAUCACACUUUUUAGCGAAUAGUGCCUUCACCGUUUUGUGUAGCAGGAUAGUAAGCCAUAGGUGAAUUGUAGAGCUGUUCAAAAUUUUACGGUUCUAGUACAGCUGUUUUGAUUUGUCCGUUUCUGUACUUCGUAAUUUCGUGUCCCACAUUAAGCCGACUUUGUCAGGGGAAUUUCGCCCAUAUACUCCUUCGCUUCUCCAAUUCUCAAAUCCCUUGCACCUUGUAUUUACUUCACACAUAUACAUGGCCUGCAAACGAAAACCAUUACCUUUGCAUGCUACUGAAGUCGUUGCGAGUGAAUCUAUUUCUAAAAAUGAUUUAUUACAUUGGACGUUGAAAAAUGUUCUUGUCUUGGCCUUAAUCGAGCGCUGUAAGCUCAAUACUUGUACAACGGCACAUCUGAACGAUGCGUCGAGUGAAUCGACAUUAGCUUCGUCCUUAGAUAUCUUUAAAACGGACACUUCAAUUCGUUUUCCGAAAGAGUUUCUUAAAGUCCUGUUCCAAAACUUAGAGCGUAUAAGCAUGGGUCGUGACGAGAAAUAUACGGAUCAGACGGUUCGCGGAGUUGUCGCUGUCUUUUACAAUAAUGUGUCAAAGCGGCACAUAAUGAAGCAAAUAAAAAGCAGUCGAAAGGUCGAAGACCUGGUGCUCCUGUUCACUUCCUCAUGUUCAUCUGAGCUUCAGAAAAGACGUAGUGAGACAGCUGACAAGCAUCUUAUGGAAGAUUACCUUUAUCAGUUCAUGUGCUUGUGCGAAGACACUGCUGUUUCAUGUCAGGCUUGUUCUGCUGCAUGUGUCUCACACAUUCGAAUGUACAAAACCAAGCUACUGAAACAUAACGAAAUUCUAAGUUCUAAACGGGCUACUAAGGGUAAUAUUUCUAUUGAUCUCUCUUCUCUCUCUUCUCUCCAAAUUAUUGCACAGGUUUUCGAAAUCCCAUUUGCAAAAGUUCUUGUGGAUGCAGAAAAUAUAUUUGCUACUGUAGACGCGGCCUCCAUGCUCGAAGAUCUAGCACUGCUUCGUGCAGAUCUUGAAAAUGAUGUUUGCAAGUUUACGUAUUCAGUGAUGGAUUUUGCGUCGUAUUCAGCAUACGCUUUCUGGAAAGCAAAGGAAACGCAAACUUUGGACCAGUUGACUAAAAUGGUUACCAGUUGCUCUCCGUCGUUGCAAACUGCUACGCCUGUCAAGACGAGUCGUACAACGCUCCAAUAUCUUCCCAAGUUUUCGCGGAGCUAUUAUAGACAGCUGUUAUUUCUUUGCAUUAGGGCAUAUCUGAAUGGCAGCACAACGUAUGCUGAAAGUGAACUUCGCUCAUUCGUCCGCGAAUGUGGGAUUUUUUGGCGUAUCCAGCACCCGAGUCGUGUUGCCGUUGCGCUCGAUGUUAUUCGUGAACUUCUUCAGGCCGGCUUGUUUUCCGCAGAUCUUGUGGAGCUAUUUUUUCGUGAGAAACAAGCCGUACAAAAGUCAUGGCCUAUUACAAAUUGGUUGCUUGUAGAUAAAUCUAUUCUUGAACAGGCGAUUUCGCUUAUUAAAGAUUUGCUUGUUCAACGAUUGAAAACCGACCUGAAUGCCUUGUUAGAUUGCCGACCUUCGCUGUUCAAUCGAAUGAUGAGCAUAUUGAAUCAAUAUAUAUACUCGCUGCCACAGUUUGAAAAUAUGUCAGAUCAAGAUUUAGAAGAAUUACGAGCUUAUGUUAAUAAAAAAGCCAAGUUUCUUUUUGAGGAGCUUAUAAAACAAGAUCAAGAUGAGCACACUAUUGACGGAUUAAUGCUCGCCGUGGACAAUGUCCGCAAUUAUUUAGUUUCCUUCCGUAAAGUGGUUGCUGAUAUUCGACUGGGAGCUACCGCUCUUGCUUACAUUGUUCAAACACUUUUCUUGUCGGGAUUGGGAGAGACCUUGUCGUCUCAAGCACAGCUUUACGUGGCUUCGGCAACUGCUGAUGAAAUGCAAUCCACAUUUAACGAUAUGAUUGCGCUUUAUCUUGAAGUUAACAACUUGUUUACCGAUUCACCAGAGCUUAAAGAAACAGUAAGCUAUAAGAAAAUUGAGGGUUUCUUCCAACCAUUCAUUGACGCCUGGCUUACCGAAAUGGAACAACAUGCCGACUCUUGGCUUGGUCGAGCGUUGGAAAAAGACUCUAUGCCUACUCAGACAGGUGAGCUCAUGCACAGCAGUUCGGUCGAGGAUUUAUUUCAAGCCUUUCAUCAAGCACUGAGCAUGCUUCUGCGUUUUAAUUGGACCGAUGAAUUGGUUAACGCUCGUUUCUUUUCCAAAUUGUUUCGUAGUUUCUUCCUCUCUACAUCCAAGUAUGCUGAGGUUUGCUUGUCAAAGUUUAACCAGUCCUUAACUUCAAAUCAUGAGGCUGAUGAAGAUGUUGAGCAUGCAAAAGCUACUUGGCUUUCUCGGGCCAAAGAUAUGUUUUCGAGUUCAGCAGCUCAUGAGGCAUUCUUUUUGUCUCCAGAAAUGUGCAUCCAGCUCAACAACGUUAAUUACGCACUGUCUGCUUUCGAAUCUUUGGAAAACAAAACAGAGGUUCGUCAGCAUAUUAGAGCUUUAGGUGACCUACAAGGACUAAAGAAGUUGCACCUGAACGAAAAGGCAUACUACACAAUAACGGUGCUUCGUGGUGAAGGUCUUCCGACUGAUUCUUCUGGGCGUGUUAGAAACGUUUACGUUGUUUUGACGGACAGCGGUGGACAUCGUGUUGGCAAAACUAAGUCAUUGUGUACCUUAAAUCCACGUUGGAAUAAAUCUUUUGAGAUGAAAAGUAAGGGACCCGUUUGGAUUAAUGCCACUGUUUGGGAACGGGGACGUCUAAGAAACCAUGAAGUGAUUGGUCGGGCAUCAUUCUGUUUAGAUCCAAAGGUUUAUGGUGAUUAUGUUCCUCGUGAGAUGUGGUAUAAUCUGAAUACAAAAGGCGAACUGCUUAUUCGGACGGAGAUGGAGGGUGAAAAAGAACAUAUUGGCUUUUACAUUGGUCGUACAUACCAUGUCUUACAGCAUACGAAGAACGAGAUGAUCAAAUCCAUCGUUGAUAAUAUGGUCCCUGUCAUGGAGCAGUACCUCUCGCCUUCAAAUAUGAAGCAGUUUGUUAAUAAGAGUAGUUGGUCCAACUUUGACAAAACGCUUUCUUCAGUCACAAAUUUGCUGAGCAGAUCAAAAGUAACUCCUUCAGAUGAUGAUGCGAACGCUGCCAGUCUUUCAGAAUCCGAAGUGGAAGCUGCCAUUAAUUCACUAUUUGACUACUUUGACCUUAACUUCCCUGUAUUUGCACAAAACCUCUCCAAGUCUUUGUUUGACGAUGUAAUGUCUUCUGUUUGGGAUGAAGCGCUGAGUAUUUUGGAAGAUUUAUUAAUCCCUCCUCUUUCUGAUAAGCCAAGUUCGCGAAAACCGUUGAAUGGAACUCAAACUCGGAUUGUGUAUAUGUGGCUUCAAUUCCUUUUGAAUUAUUUCAAUGCAAAUGGGGAGGGAGUUGACAUGAAGACAUUACAAUCUGACCACUAUAAGGAACUCUUGGUAAUCCAAGAAUACUACAGUCGUCCAGAGGAAGAGUUAAUACGGCAAUGCGAAACGAAUGCAGUUCGCCUUAUCCAGGGAGUAAAGUCUGGUGAGUCUGUAAAGUCAAGUCACGGCUUGGCUGAUUCUAAGAAGCUCAUUUAUCGUAUGGGAACUAUUCGUAACACAAGUACAUCGUUGAGCACUGUAAAUGAAGUUGAACGACUAGAUACGAUCAUUUUACGAAUUCUUCGUAUGCGAUCAAGCGCAAGCGACUUUUUGCGGAAACACAUGAAAAGAAAAGAUCGAUUGUUACUACAAUCUGCUUUGAAAAAAGGUGUCAUUCCGACUCUCCCCAACCAUUAAGUUUUAUGAUCUACUUGUACUUUAUUUCUUGACCUCCGGAUGUUUAUUUAUUAAUACAUAAUACGAAUAUAUUAAAAGAUACUAAUUAAGGUAAAAUAAGGAUGGUCUAAGUUUCAAUUAUUUUUUUCUCUUUUUUUUUUGGUUUUUUGAAGAAUUUUGUGAACUAAUUGUAUUU